ACAAUCAAAAAUAUAUCCAAUCGUAACAAAAGCAUUACGAAUUAUUUUCCGGCCAUUAUAAAGAAAAAAACACAUUCAAGGGAAAAAAAAAAAUGUCUACAGCUACGUUCAUCGACAUCUUACUUGCAAUCCUUCUUCCUCCCCUUGGUGUUUUCCUCAAGUUCGGUUGCCAUUCUGAGUUUUGGAUAUGUGUAAUUCUGACUUUAUUUGGAUGGAUUCCCGGAAUUAUUUAUGCUAUCUAUGUUCUCACCAAGUGAUGAUUCUUAUAUGAUGAUAUUGGUGAAUUGUCAUCAGAUAUUAUCCGAUGAUACGAAGUAAUACUAUUGGUGUGACAUAUUAGUUUUGUGUAUGUGUUUUCCAGCUACGGUCGAAUCGAUGUAUGAGUGAAUACGUUUUGUUUUUUUCUCUUUCUUUCAUUAUUCUCGAUUCUUGUUUUCAAUUUUCAUUUUUCAUCUGAUGUAUGAGUGAAUUGAAUAUGACACGUGUAUUUCAUAUCAUUCAAUCAAUCAAUGUAUCUAUGUUGGGUAGACUUUGUUUUAUGAAAUUGACAUAAAAGUGUGAAACUUUCUUUA